AUGUCUCCCACACAACUAGCCAUGACUACUCCUGGUCGAGUCUGUGCUCGAUGUGCUCGUAUCGUGAGGAUUGAGUCUCCAUUUACUAUGGUCUUGGCCAUGUGUGCAAGCCACGAAGUCCCACUGAGAAGGAGUCAAUCGGCGCCUCUCUCCCCGCGACGGCCCUACGUCGGCCCAGGGCAUCGCGGUCCCGCGGUGGAUAGUCGCGGUCCAAGGAAGAAGAAGUGUGACGAGAACCGCCCUCGAUGCAGUGACUGCCGGCGAUUGAAUCUGCCUUGUCAAUGGUUUUCCACCACCAGCACCGCUGAGACAAUCGACACCUCCUCGUCAUCUUCCCCAGAUUCCCAUGCGACGGUCUCGCCCUCUGCAGAUCCGAUCCUUCCUUCCGACGGCGAUCCGCUGGCCUUGAGCUCGAUCACCCCGGAAGAUGACGAGGAGUUUAUUGCCACGCUGUUCCCACAUCCAUUACCCAAACAGACAGCCCUCGUGCUACCACUUGAGUGGUCUCCAAUCUCCACUAAUCCCUUCCUGCGUGGAGAAGAGGACCGGUCGCUGUUUAAUCACUACAUCCACGUCGUGGCGCGGGCCUUAUCGCGCUCCCACGAUCCCGAUCGGAACCCAUUCCUCGUGACGCUUUUGCCGCUGGCGGCCGCGUCCGAUGCCGUGACGAGUGUGAUCCUCAGCUUGAGUGGGUGUCAUUGGAGAAGAGUCUACCCCAGUAUCUGGGGUUGUGCCUUGAAACGGCAAGGACAAGGUUGCUUACUCGGCAGAUCCGAUCGUCAGUGCAUUUUUGAAGCCUGUGCCACCGUUCUGCUACUAUGUUUGACGGAGCUGUUUGACGGCACGUCCAAGGUGUGGAAAUGGCACCUCAAAGCCGCGAGCGCCAUCCUUAAAUCCCCCGCAUUUCAGAACCUCGUCUCCACCGAUGAGUGGACCUUUUGCAUCAGCCUGUUCCACUAUCUCGAUGCCAUGUCCACCAUCUCCCGGUGCAAAGCGCCUCUCUUGCAUAAUAGCGACAACCUGGCCGAGCUGACCACCUCUCUGCGGCGGAACAGCGUGCCCGAACUAGAACGCAGCCAAUCAACGGAUGCCAUCUACGGUAUCUCGCCCGCGCUAUUUGACUUUUUGGGUAUGGUCAAUCUGUUGGCCAAUCACCGGAGUAAGCGCGUCGAUGAGCUAUCCGAGAUUGGCUUCCGAACGGCAGCUUCACAUUUGGAGACUCGGAUCGAUGAGUGGCGGACAGACCAUGACCAGAUUACGGAGCUAGAGCCUGAGACGGAGCGCGCUACAACCGCGUUUGAAUGGGCAAUUCGAUUGCGGCUGCAUCAGGUUGUUGAGGGAUAUGACCCACUCCAUCCAUUCGUGGAGCGGUCGAUUACGAUUAUUCUGGACGCGGUGCAGCAGGUUCCGUACGCUAGUCGGGUCGAGGGGUGUCUUCUCUUUCCCCUGGUGAUCGCUGGAUCAAGUAGUAUCAGUAUGGAGCGUCGAAUGAUGGUCAAGGAACGACUCAUGGUCAUGGAGAAUACCCUCGGGUUCGGCCAUAUUCAGUAUGCACGGCAAUUGCUGGAGACGGUGUGGAAUGGUGCUUCUUGUGCAACGGAUUUGAAUUGGGCUGCGGUGCGAUAUAGCAAAUUCCCCGGUGUCGUGUUUGUAUAG